AUGAGCACCAAACUCCGAAUUAUGGUACCCGUGAAGCGGGUUGUUGACGCUGCAAUUCGCCCCCGGGUGAACAAGGCCCAGACCGGCAUUGAGACGCAGGGUGUCAAGUACAGCAUCAAUCCGUUCUGCGACAUUGCCGUUGAGGAAGCACUGCGCUUGCGGGAGGGCAACAAGGACCUGGUUGAGUCUAUCCACGCCGUUUCGGUUGGCGGAAAGAAGUCGCAGGAGGUGCUGCGGACUGCUCUCGCCAAGGGUGUGGACACUUCUACUCUUGUUGAUGUUGGCGAGAAGGAGGUCGAGACGCUGAGCGUCGCCAAGGUCCUGGCCAAGCUCGUGGAGCAGCAGAAGUCCAACUUUGUGCUUUUGGGCAAGCAGGCUAUUGAUUCGGACGCCAACCACACCGGCCAGAUGCUUGCCGGGCUGCUGGGCUGGCCGCAGGCUACCAACGCAGCCAAGAUCGAGAUUUCCGGCGACGAGGUCACCGUUACCCGCGAGAUCGACGGUGGUGAGGAAGUCGUCAAGGCCAAGCUGCCCAUGAUUGUCACCACCGACCUGCGUCUCAACGAGCCCCGCUACGCCAGUCUGCCGAAUAUCAUGAAGGCCAAAAAGAAGCCUCUGGACACCGUCACUGCAGACUCGCUCGGGGUCGACAUCACCCCCCGCGUCGAGAUUCUCAAGGUCGCAGAGCCCCCCGCCCGCGGUGCCGGCGUGACUGUUGAAACGACUGAUGACUUUAUUGCCAAAAUUAAGGAGAAGGGUGCCUUGUAA